GAUUUCCUGAGUGGUUGGCGGCCGCGGCCAUUUUGUGGACCCUUUGAUUCACCCUCCCCCUUCCCCCUGUAGCUUUCUAUUGAAUCCUAGCUUGGGGGUUGCCGAGGCCUAACAAAAACGAGAGGCCUCAGGCGGCUCCCUUUUUUUAGUCGUGUCUCGGAGCCUCCCUGUAUUUUUUCCCCUUCGGUGCAGCAUCCUGGCUCUGUCUGGGAGCGGCUUUCCUGUAGCGUGAUGGAAGACGACGGGCAGCCCAAGACCCUAACAUUGCAGCCGCAGAGAGAUUAUAAGUUGAAAGCUUGCAUGCUUCAUUAUAUUUAAGCUAUGUAGGAAAUCUUUCCAGAGAUGUGACCGAAGUCCUUAUACUUCAAUUAUUCAGCCAAAUUGGACCCUGCAAAAGCUGUAAAAUGAUAACAGAGCAACCCGAUAGCAGAAGGGUCAACUCUUCUGUUGGAUUUUCUGUUUUGCAGCAUACAAGCAAUGACCCUUAUUGCUUUGUGGAAUUUUAUGAACACAGGGAUGCAGCUGCUGCAUUAGCUGCUAUGAAUGGGAGAAAAAUUUUGGGAAAGGAAGUAAAAGUUAACUGGGCAACAACACCAAGUAGCCAAAAAAAAGAUACUUCAAAUCACUUUCAUGUGUUUGUGGGAGAUUUAAGUCCAGAAAUAACAACAGAAGAUAUUAAGUCAGCAUUUGCUCCUUUUGGUAAAAUAUCGGAUGCAAGGGUAGUUAAAGAUAUGACAACAGGAAAAUCAAAAGGAUAUGGUUUUGUAUCAUUUUAUAAUAAACUGGAUGCAGAAAAUGCAAUUGUACAUAUGGGAGGCCAGUGGUUAGGAGGUCGCCAGAUCAGAACUAACUGGGCAACACGAAAGCCACCUGCCCCUAAAAGUACACAAGAAAACAACACAAAACAACUGAGAUUUGAGGAUGUAGUAAAUCAGUCAAGCCCCAAAAACUGUACUGUCUAUUGUGGAGGAAUUGCCUCUGGAUUAACAGAUCAGUUGAUGAGACAGACAUUCUCACCUUUUGGGCAAAUUAUGGAAACGAGAGCUUUUCCAGUUAAAGGCUAUUCUUUUGUGAGGUUUUCAACUCAUGAAAGUGCAGCACAUGCUAUUGUUUCAGUCAAUGGAACUACAAUUGAAGGCCAUGUUGUUAAAUGCUACUGGGGUAAAGAAUCACCAGAUACAACAAAAAACUUCCAGCAGGUGGAUUACAGUCAGUGGGGGCAAUGGAGUCAAGUUUAUGGGAAUCCACAACAAUAUGGGCAAUAUAUGACAAAUGGAUGGCAAGUGCCACCAUAUGGAAUGUAUGGUCAAGCAUGGAAUCAGCAAGGGUUUGGCGUUGAUCAAACCCCAUCUGCCACCUGGAUGAGUGGAUUUGCUGCUCAGCCUGCCCAGGGACAAGCUGCUCCUGUAAUACCUAAUCAGGCUGGCUAUGCAUUUUAUAUCACAGGAUUUGAGAAAAAUUACAUUAAAGAUGCUUUUAAUUGAACAUUAAAUCCUGAUGUUUUCCUGUGGACCAAACAUUGCAUCAAAGGCAACAAUAUAUUCUUCAUUAACUUCAGAGCCAUCAUUCAGAAGAUAUGUUCAUGGAAAUAUUUUUUAAAUUAAUUUUCUAAAUAUUUGAAGAAACUGAAAUCUGGUGUAAAUAUUUUGGUUUGGGCUGAUAAGCAUUGUUAUCUGUAGUUCUAUCAAAUUCUUCCAUUCACAUCUAGAAGCAAAGUACAGCUUUUCAAAUAUAAUUUGCUUGAAGUUGCAUUUAAUUUGGAGGUGCCUUUUUACUUUUGGUUUUUAACCAGUCAUAUUUGUCCCUUUACAUUACUAGCUGCAGAGCUAUAAAGGUAUGCUCAGACACAGGUAGCAAUUUUAUAGAGCAACGAUUACUUUAUUCUGCUUUUUUUGCAGUAGAAUAACAAGAAAGCACCAGACACUUCCAAAACUGUUCGGUAUAUACAGUGAAUAAUAAUUAUUCAGAAAGCCUUAAUUUUAAAUCAAUAAAUCAUUCCUUCCAAACCACAAAACUGAAUUAUUUUACUUUAUGCUACUUACUAUGUAAAUAAUGAGGGUGACAACCUUGUAGCUUGAAGGCUCCUGUAAGUACCUGAGUGUUUUAAAAAUGAUACUGUUUUUUUUUUAAGCCUCGGAAUAUUUAGCCAAAAUAUUUUUUUAAUUAGAUUGAGGAAUUUCUAAAAUAAGGUAUUUUAACAAUGUCCCAUAUGCUUAACAGAAAUGCAGUUGGAACAACUAUACAACUUAUGGAUUAUACUUAACUUUUUUUUUUUUGGAGUGGCUUGCUUUUCACAAAUUUGUAUUGAAGCUAGGUUGUUUUGGAUUGAAUAUUAUUGGGAUAAAUCAUGAAGUUGGUAAAAAGUUACAGAGGAUUACUUUUUACUUGAUGGAUACAAUAAAUUUGAAGUUGAAAAUGAAUGUAAGAUAGGUACACAGUACUUGUAUCUGUGUCAGCUAGGUGGUGCAAAUGACUCAUAUUUGAAUUUGCACACUGAGCAAUUCACUGAGCUGAACCAUAUGUGCCAUUAAUAAAAAGAGACUUGUAUUCUGGUGGACUCUAGUUCCAGUAAAAUAUGUAUGAGUAUAUAUGUUUGGUUAGUUUCUGAGUAGAAAAGUAUUGUUUAAUAGAUCACUAUUAAAGAUCUACUACAUUACAGAUCUAGCACAAAUUGAGAAAGAGUU